AUGACUCGGUACGUCACAUCGCCUCCGUCCGACUCUCCGGGAUACGAGUCGUCCGAGCUAUGCGACCUGUCGACCGCGCCCGCGUCUAUCCGCCCCGCCAACAUCACAAUCAUACACCCGCAGCUGCGAGACCUCGUCCUUCCCCUCGAACGCGGCCGCGUUCUCUAUCCCCAUGGCACGGUAGUUGAAGAACAGCGAUGGAGUGACGACGAUGACAGCCCCGGAGAAGCACCCAGCACAACGACCAACCUCGCGAAGCUGGCCUUCACCCCAACAUGCCUGACUGCCAACGACGGCAUCCUUGCGUGUGGCGGACAAAAGGGCGAGCUGUACUUGACCGAUCUCCCCGUCAGCGGCAAGGGCAAGCAAGCUUCAGCGAUCAAGUCGUUCCAGCUCACCCUCACGCUGCCGAGCCGCUCUAUCAACAAUGCUAUCACCAUCCUUCCUUCGUGGCCCGGGGGAUGGGCGACGCGACGCGCCGAGUGGAAGCGAGCAUAUGCUGGGUACGCCAGGCAUGAGGAGGAGAUGGACGACUCUGACCCUGACGACGGCGACGACGGCGACGACGACGACGAGUAUAUGGACUACCUUGAGGAGGAGGAAGAGCCUCUCUCGCCAGCCAGCAGUGUUGCCACAUAUCCCAACACGAUACCGUCGGGCCUUCGUCGCCUCUCGGGCCAGUACCAUCGCACGACACCGCAAGUAGUGACGCAAGGGCGUGCAUCCCCGGCUAGCGUCGGCAGCAGUCGCUCGCGUCUGAGACGGGCGGACGAGCCACGCAUCCUCGUGAGCAACAACGACAAGACGGUGAAAAUGUUCUCGCUUCGCAGACUCGGAGAAGACGAUGAGCGCGUGCCAGUUCGGUCACGAAGCAGCAUCGAGUGGGAGAUCGCACCAACCAGCGCGCUUCGACGCACCGAAGGCGGCAAUCCAGGGUACCGUGACGGGCGCGCGUUGCCCCCUCUGCCGCCGCUUCCUCCUCGUCGCGCCCUGUUUGGCAACACAUUGGGCUACGAUGGCAUAGGGUUGAACGAGGGCAUUCUCACGCAGGACCUCCACUCUCCCCCCAGCCCUCCGCCGCGCGCACGGGGUGCUGAGGAAGUGUCGCUCCGCGGAUCACGGUAUCUCGGCGAGAGUUUGGCGGACUACCGCGCACGUAUGCCCGGCGGUGAUCGGAACGAGCGAUUUUGGGCGCGUAUGCGCGCGCAACGCCGGGCGGAGCUGGAGGCGCAAGUGGGCCUCUCAUCUGGGCCGCCGCAGCCGCCUGCGCAGGAGGGUGACUGCAAGCUGUCGAGCAUCGGAGGGCAACGCUUUAAGCUCGCAGUCAACCACUCGUCGCUGUCUCCCGACCUGAGAACGAUGGUCACUGUCGGCGACUCGACCGACGUGUACUUGCACGAGGUGCUGGACGGCGGCCAGGGCUUCCGCCGCAUAGGCGUGUACAAUGCCGCGACGGACUCGGGCUUCAGCACGUCAUGGAGCCGGGACGGGCGCCGCUUCGCCGUUGCCUCGCAGGACGGGCAGGUGACGGUAUGGGACCACCGGUCGUCGCGCCCCCUGGCCAUCUUCCACACGCAGCCGCAGGCCAGCAGAGACACUGACCUAUACCAUGGGUCGAUGGAGCCGCCUGUGGGUUCGCAGUCGGGGCUGGAGGCCGCCCGCGUCGUCAAGUUCAGCCCGGAGGGCGCGUCGCGCGACCUGCUCGUGUUCAGCGAGGAGUUGACGCGCAUCCACAUCGUCGACGCGCGCACGUUCCAGACCCACGUGUGCGUCGAGGUGCCGUACGAGACGACGGGGGCCACGCCCUCGCCCUCACGCCGCCCGCGCCGCGGCGUUGACGGCGGGCUGUACGGCAUCUCGGGGAUCGCGUUCGACCCCUCCGGCGACUGGCUGUAUGCCGGGACGGAGCGGACGCUCGUCGAGUGGGAUCUGCGGCGGUAUGGCGGCGGCGAGGGCGGGACGUGGUCGAUGGCUUGUCAGAAGUGUCGUAGUAAGUAA